GCCUUUUACUGUCGUGGACGGCACAGAAAAAGAGAACAUCCAUCGGCAAUGAAGUUCCCUUCCCUUAUCAGUCAUCCCUCCCCGUACCCCCACACAGCCACAGCAUUCUCACAGUGCUCCCUAUGUCUCCAUGGGGUCUUCGGGGGCCGAGCUCAGGCCGCUGCCGAUAGUCGAGUUGAGGUCUGGACCAUUCAUCAUGUCCGCCUCUGAUACAGACGGCUGCUGCUGUUGUUGCUGCUGGUGUUGGCGAGCCGCUGCCUCAGCAUUGGCCCUGUCGAUGGCUCUCUGCUCCUCCUGCAGGUCAACGACUAUGGGAGCGUCGGCGUCGAGGCCCUCAAUCUCCUCGAGAGACAUCUUGAACUUGGAGCGGAUCAGAUCCCGCAGAUAGUCGACCCUUCUCCUCAGCUUGGGGGGCGCUGACGCGUCAGUACACAGCUCACACAGACUCUGCACACACACAUGCACAACACAUCGACGACAAUAACACAUUCGGGCAGACGUGGCCUCUAUACACUAUAGGCGCUGUGCUGACCGAUAGGCCAGAAGUGAGGAAGUUGCCUUGCAGGAGGCUGUCGGUGAACAAGUCGUCAGGGGCCUGCUUCAGCUGUGCGUACAACACACCUGCAAGCACAACACAGACGGUGUCCUUGACUCAGAGUGCUGCUGGCUGUGUGUGGCUGCAUGGCGUACGGAUGAAGUCGCAGUACAGGUCAGGGUGGGCCCUUAUCGAGUCCUCACAAUUGCACAAGAGCGUCACCUGAGGGAGUGAAAGACAGCCACCACACACACUCGGAUGCCGAUGAGCCAUCAAUGGAUGGAUGUGUGGCCGUCCGUUUCGCCAUCUCACCAGGGCCUUCCACUGCUCGAAGCCGUCAAAGUUCUGCAACCAGCAAACACACAAAACAGCCGUCAGCGUAGCACACUUUUCGUGUCCAUCCAUCGACCCAUCAGCCUUGCCUGUCCCAGCAAGAAGGCGAUGUAGGCGAACUGCAGCUCUCCAAGGAUGCCACGAUCGUCUGAAGGGCACCAUACACCAUGCAUCCCUCACUGCAGCUCUUCUAUGGCCUGUGCUUUCGCUACCAUUCCUGUAGUUAGCUGUGAGUAGCUUCUCCAGGCAUGAGGACCGAUCGAGAGACAGCCUCGUCACGUCAGAGGGGGACGAACCUGACGACAUGCACAGCGCAAGCAGCACAGCAAAUUAGUGAGUAAUGAGGCUCAUCCACCCUCUCCUUGCUGCGUCGAACUUUCUCCCAUCCAUCCAUCCAUCCACCCUCCCGCCCGCCCAGCCACCUGGUGGUAUCCUCGUCUUGGGUAUAUCGGAGAAGAAGACAGUCCCGCUGCUCACCCGGCCACGGAACGAACCUGACCCAUGCGCAACACACAUAGAUGACAUACAGCACAGCAAGCUGAAGCACUCAGCACUUGGAAACUCACUGUCGAAUGACUCCGUCGGGGCGUCCUCUGCUGCUGGCUGUGGUGGUUCUGAGGGCUCCUGUGCCACAGCUGGCGGGGCCGACUCUGCGGAUGAGCUGACGCCUCUCCUCUUUGCGGGCGGGGGUGCUGGGAGGCUCACACUCUCCUGGCCGGUGGCUCGCUCCAUCCUCCUCUUGUCCUCAGCGUCGUAUUCCUUGCCGCGUGAGGCAAUGCGGUGACCAACAGGCUGAUCACACACACAUAAUACAUGUCUAAGGGAUGAUGCGGAUGGUGUUGGCUGACCUCGACUUUGUCGAUGAUGGUUUGUGUGAUGUGGCUGGACAGCUCUGACCAGUCUGAGGCCAGCUCCAGCGGAUAGGGGCCCAGAUUCUGCUCAAAGUGCAGGUUGGACACGCCAUCGCCGUAACGAGUCUCCUCCUGAACCAUACACAUACACACACACACAUACACAUACACACACGGCGAGCGAACGACGAUAUCCCACACAUCGCGACGUGCGCCAUUCCCUCUCGCUAUUUGUCCCUCCUGCAUACAUACAUCUUCCGAGACGACGUCAAACACCUCCGCCUCUGCGUUCCACCGACGAACAACCACCUGCACAGCCACACGAGUGAGUGAAUGAAUGUCUGUCUGUCUGUCUGUCUGCCUCUCUGCCUGUUUGUCCAGAUGGUCGUCAUGUGACCUGCGCGGGUUUGAGGUAGAGGAAGUAUCCCAGUCUGGUAUCGCCCUCCUCGCCCGGCGGACUCCAGUAGAUGUAGUGCGCCCCAGGCGGGAUGAGCUUGAUGCCCAUGAACCUCGGACCGAUCUUCCAGAAGUGGUAGUCGAUGCCCACAUCGAUGUCCUUCGGCGCGUCCAGUAGCAGGAUGGUGCAGCUGCUCGCCGCGGCCUCCGAGAUCAGCUCCCCGGCCGGCGGCGCGAUGGGCAAACUGCGAGAAGGCAUCAUUUCCGGAGACCCGUCGUCAUCCACUUCUUCGGAUUCCUCUGAUCAGACAAAGCCAAACGCUGAUCGCGCAAGGCCUACCAGACCCUUCGGCACGGUUUUGG